AUGCGAUCGCAGAUCAGCAACAUUCAUUCCACGAUCCUGCAGCGUGGCUCACCAUCCCCGUCAAAUUCGCCGUCCCCGACCGCCGGUUCUCUCAUGACUCCUCAGCGGCCACCAAGGAGAAGGGCUCAGUCCGUGGGCAACUCGGCCUACGGUUCGAGUCCCGCCCUGACCUCACACAUACCCCGAGGGUCUCUUUUCACAGCCAACGAAGAAGAUGCCUGUUUCGUUCGGAUCAAGGUGCUGGGGGCGAGUGGUUUGGCGAAAAAGGACAUCUUCGGGUAUAGCGAUCCGUACGUUAAAAUCGAGCAGAAUACAAUCACCGGCGACGUGAACGUGGACCAGAUGAUGACGAAAACAAAGCGAAGGACGCUCAACCCUGUUUGGAAUGAGGAGUUCGUGUUCCAAGUCAAGCCAAACGAGCACAAACUGGUGUUCCAGGUGUUUGACGAAAAUCGGCUCACCCGGGAUGGCUUCAUGGGGCUCGUCGAUUUGACGCUGAUUAAUUUACCGCAUGAAACCGAAGGCAGAACAAUUGCACCGCAGCGGUACACCCUGCGAGCGAAACGGCAGUCUAGCUUGCGAAUCAGUCCUAAGGUGCGUGGUACGCUCGAGCUUUACCACGCGAUCAUGCGCAACGAUGAUUCGGCCAUCGCUAAUCGAGCAGCCCUACUGGAAACCGUAUCGUCCCCAUCGUCAUCGGCCAGCACUGGCAAUCGGUCGUCCGGCACCAGUACCCCUCUGUCGACGCCCCGGAAUGCCGGAUUGUAUCCCCAGCAGCAGCUACCUGCGCAACAUCCUUACUUUCGCUUCCAUCAUCAGCAGACGCCGGCACCGCAAACGGAUCCGCUGCCCCCGGGUUGGGAGGUGCGACACGACCCGGUGGGCAGAAUCUACUACGUUAAUCAUGUCGCACGAACUACGCAAUGGGAGCGACCCAGUAUCGUACCAGCCCAGCCGGGAUUGAACGAUAUGGUGGCCGCUUUUCAGCGCAGAUUCCACAUCAGUAACGAUCCAGAUAACGGGGGCAGUGGCAGCACUAACACGAGCAUGGCCGACAGUGCCAGUAUUGCCUCGGAUAGUGGCGACGCCGGUGGAACAGGCGGUACUGUUAGUUCCGGUACGGCUGCUCUUCCAUUAUCCCCAGCGGUAGAUCACUCUCAGGGUGCCUUACCUGCACCUGACCGGACCGUAUCCGUCAAUACGUCCCGUGACGGUGAGACCGAGCAAAAUGGUCUCUCCCCGUCACUCUCCAGUUCGUCGCUCGCUAGCAGUGGAACCGGUGGUCUGAUACGUCCAAUACGUACCGCCCCACCACCCCCAUCGGCUUCGUCAACGUCCUCUGCUUGUGCUAGUCCGUCCGGUACGCCGGUGCCCACCCAGCGGCGCCGAUCGUCUCACAGCAUCGUCACCACCAACGAAAGUGUCUCGGUUGCGGGCCCUGAGAAUGGAGAUCUUUCCACGCCUGCGACAGUGGGAACCGCUGGGCGAGAUAAUUCCGUUUCCUCCAGCUCCAUCGCCAAUGCGGUCGAUGCGGACGUAGAAGCAGAGAAUGCUCCUACCGCUCGGGAGAUCAAUGAUGCCGCUACGUCUUCCAGCCAGGCGUAUUCAGAUUCCCCGAGUGCUUCGACCGGAUCUCAACCGUCCCCAGGCCUUCUAUCUUCGCCCGCACCGGGCUCGGCUAAUGUUCCGAAUGCGACUGGAUUACCUCCCGGUUGGGCGGUGCAAGUUGCAUCCAAUGGACGGCUGUUUUUCAUCGAUCAUAUUAACAAAACCACAUCGUGGGUAGAUCCGCGAACGGGACUCGCCAGCCCGAUUCCAAAUGCCGGUACCGACGGGUCUGCCAACACCGCGAACGGCGGUGCCGCUGGUGAAGGAAGCGGAGGUCGUGGAGAUGCUCGCUCUGAUGACAAUCUGGGCCCGUUGCCGGAAGGCUGGGAAGAACGUGUGCACAGUGACGGUCGGACGUUUUUCAUCGAUCAUAACACACGCACAACACAGUGGGAUGAUCCGCGGCUCUCGAAUCCAAAGAUUGCAGGACAGGCAGUCCCGUACUCGCGUGACUACAAGCAAAAGUAUGAAUAUUUUAAGAGCCAGCUGCAGAAACCAAGCAACGUGCCGAACAAAAUCGACAUCAAAGUGCGACGUAUUUCCAUCCUAGAAGAUUCUUAUCGAGUGAUCAACUCUGUCACGCGAGUCGAUCUGUUAAAGACGAAGCUGUGGGUCGAGUUCGAGGGUGAAACGGGUCUGGACUACGGAGGAUUGGCACGCGAAUGGUUCUAUUUGUUGUCAAAGGAAAUGUUCAAUCCCUAUUACGGGUUAUUUGAGUAUUCGGCGAUGGACAAUUACACGCUGCAGAUCAACCCAAAUAGUGGUCUGUGCAACGAGGAACACCUGAACUAUUUCCGGUUUAUUGGUCGCAUUGCUGGAAUGGCUAUCUACCACGGUAAAUUGUUGGAUGCAUUCUUCAUCAGGCCAUUCUACAAGAUGAUGCUGCAAAAACCAAUUGACCUGAAGGAUAUGGAAGCCGUCGAUACAGAAUACUACAAUUCGCUCCUUUACAUAAAAGAGAACGAUCCAAGCCCGCUCAUGUUAACGUUCAGCGUGGAUGAAGAAAGCUUCGGAACAACAAAUCAGCGCGAGCUUAAACCAAACGGAGCUGAUCUGGAAGUGUCAAACGACAACAAGGACGAAUACAUUCGGCUCGUAAUUGAUUGGAGGUUUGAGGCGCGCGUCAAGGACCAGAUGCAAGCAUUUCUAGAAGGUGUGGGUUCGCUUCUGCCACUACAUUUGCUCAAGAUAUUCGACGAGAACGAGCUCGAGCUGCUAAUGUGUGGCAUCCAGAGUAUCGAUGUGAACGACUGGAAGAAAAAUACAAUGUACAAGGGUGACUACUAUGCGAAUCACGCAGUCGUGCAGUGGUUCUGGCGGGCGGUACUAUCUUUCAACAAUGAGAUGCGUGCACGAUUGUUGCAAUUUGUGACCGGCACUUCCCGAGUGCCUAUGAACGGCUUUAAGGAAUUGUACGGAUCGAACGGACCACAGCUGUUUACAAUCGAGAAAUGGGGAACAGUAAACAAUUUCCCGCGCGCCCACACUUGCUUCAACCGAUUAGAUCUGCCCCCAUACGAAAACUACGCUCAGCUGAAAGAGAAAUUAAUUAGCGCUAUUGAGGGCAGUCAAGGAUUUGCAGGAGUAGACUAG